CGGUGACCGACCUCAGAAGUCCGUUUUCCUCUUAAUACCUACAGCAGCAGCCCCACAACCACCGGUGGCCGACCUCAGAAGUCCGUGUUCCCCACUUUCCUCUUAGUACCUACAGUAGCAGCCACAAGGAGGGGUAGCUGCGGGUAUAUCCACUCGGUCGAAACUGUUGCGUUCGCCACAGCCUGCACUCACACCUCGUUCGUUUCUAACUUUCGAACGAACAUAGCCAAGAUGUCUUACCCUGUCACUGAGAUUGCAUACAUACCUAUCAAAGAUGGAAUCGACCUAGAAUCUGGCGAGGGCAAGGGUAUCUGGGAUGCCACUUUGAAGACAAUCGCGAGCCAGAAGGGUUUUAAGCGCCUCUCAUGGGGCAAGCAGAUCGAGACUCCACGCAUCGCACAAAUGGCCAUUGAUUGGGAGACUCUUGAUGCACACAAGGCCUUCGUUGCCUCAGAGCCGUACGGACCUUUCCUGGACGAGCUGGCACCAAUCCUGGAAGGCACACCGCAUCUCUUCCACGUCAAGCUACCUGUCCCUACUCAGGAGUCAGAAACGGCACCGUUCGAUGCCCCAAUGACCGAAUGCAUCAGCCUCUAUUUCGAUCCUUCCAUUGACGGGGCCAGCUAUGACAAGAGCUUCGCCUCCUUCGUCGCCGAAGCUGGCAAAGUCCAGGGCUCUGAAGCGACGGGUUUGAUUGGUGGGUGGGGCGUUGAGAUGCACAAGGUCGAUAGUGACGGAGAUGAGAAGAAGUUCUUCGGUACUUUUAUUGGGUGGCCGAGUGUUGAGAGCCAUAUGGAGUUCAGGAAGAAGGAAGAUUUCUCCAGCGUUGUUGCGCACCUGCGAAAGGGUGUUGAGAAAGUCAAGAUGCAUCACGUUGCCUUCAAGAGGUUUGAGGCGUAAGCGUACCAGUCGCGAUGCCAUCGCCCAAGGGUCUAGAGAGUCGCAUUCGAGCGAGGUCGUGUUGUAAUCUCGUCUUCAAUGCGAGCCCUCGUGGUAAUUUCUCCAGCAAAUCGCCCUUUCCAGCCUUGAUUGACUGUUUAUUCUGCCGAAUGGUCUUCGCAGCCUGCUGAUAAACCAAUGUAGAGUGCAAAUUGGGCAUCCGCGGCGCACGGCUCCUCGCUUGGAAGUGAUCGGCGACUUUGAAGUUCUAAGUGACAGCCGUAACAGACUUCCGAGCCGGGGUGGAACCGAAGGCAGGGAUCUUUCGCAAAUUCUUCCUAGCACAAUGCGCUCGAGCAUUAAGCUAGAUCUGUUGCGAAAGAUUAAAGAGAUGAGACGGACUGAGACUCAAGGCCGAUCGUCUCAGUCAUCAAGUGGGAGGAGACACCUGUCAGCCUGCAGCAGUUUUAUUCAAAG